AUAGCUAUUCUAGCCUAUAUCUCUCAGCUGUCUUGUUGAUUCCUGUAUUUAGAACUACACUAAUCUAUGUUCUAGUUUUUACCAUUGAUCAUCGUUCUGUGUAAUUUUGUCCGUAAUGUCAGGAACUAAAUGAACUAUUCUGAUGAGUUGGCAACGAAUGUGGUAGACAUUCAAGAUCUAGAUCUAGAUCUAUAUGCAUUCAUUUAAAUUUUUAGUACACAAUGAGUGAGUCCAGAAAAAGACGCGGCGCUGCUUGGAAUCCUAAGUCACGACAAGACAGAGAUCGUGAGAACCAGAACCAUCAGAAUGCUAAUCAUUCUUUCACCAACAGCAGCGGAGAAGCAAGUUAUCAUAAGACUCAAAAGCCAACACAUUCACGACUUAAAUCAAACCAUGGCCCAAGUCCGCAAGGUAAUUAUCAAAGAAUCGGUUUUGACCAGGUGCGUAAAAUUGUUCAGUCAGAAGGACGUACAGCUCGUAACUUGGUUCAGUAUAAUGUUCCUGUACUUGAACAGCAGACAGAACAACUAGGAAGUGGAGCUGCAAGUGGUAGCUCCCGUUCAUCUAGCCAACAAAAGAGAGAAGGGUCUUCAUCACGCUGUCACUCACAUCGCACCCCACCACCAGGAUCACGCUUUCGUCACAGGUCCUUAUCUGAUAUGGCAAAGUCACCUAGAUCUGAUGCUGGUUCAAAGAAAAAUGACCUCAGAGCCAGAUACUGGAAGUAUAUGUUUGAUAAUUUUCAAAGGGCAGUAGACUCCAUUUAUCAGACCUGUGAGCAAGAUGAGAGUGUGGUUGAGUGCAAGGAAGUAAUCAUGAUGCUUGAGCAAAGUACAAAAGAUUUUAAAGCACUGAUUGAAACAUUAAUAAUGAUGAAAGCAUAUGAGGAUUCAGCCAAGGAUGGGGACAGGCCACCAGCUGUUGCUUGGGAAGUUAGAAAAAUGUCUCCUAACAAACAUGCCCCUUCUUCACCAGCUCCAGCAGGACAACCACAAUCAGGCAACAGUUGGGCUGAUAAAGUGAGGGGAGUGAGGGCAAUCACUUUCUCAACUGGCGCAGAUGAGGCUGUGACCCUACAGAAGACACCUGUGAUGGAGGAGAGUGCUGCACCUGUAGUCAAGGCUUCAAGUUUACCUAAUCCAGUUGAAGACACCAUAGAUGAAGACGGCUGGGAAACAGUACAAAGAGGCAGGCUGAGAGCUAGACAAUCCCCUUGUCAAAAAUCAACAGAAAACUUAGCACCCAACAUCAAAAGUGCCAAAAGGAAUUUAAUGCGCUCCAUGAGCGUUCCAGACCAGGCUAACAUCAAAACCCCGAGGGAAAAGCCAGAAAAAUCUCACCAAAAAAAUUUACGCGCUGUAUCUGAAAGGCAUCUACCAGCAACUAGCUCAGGACCAACUCGUGAGAGAGCUUGCAGCAAAGACAGCGAGAAGGAGAACAUUCCAGCAUCGAACUUGAACAGCAUGGACUCCUCCAGCACAAAUAGCCCCACAGAGUCGUCCAGCACAGUCACAUACAGCAGCUCUGUAAAUCCUGCUAAAUCUAUGGCUCUUACUGAUGCUCUGUCAGCAGACAAAUCACUCAAGGAUUCCUUAGACUUAGAUAUAGAGAACGUUAGUAUUGACAUUGACCUGGUUCUUGAUGAAGAAUUUCAUUUGAGUAAUGAACUAGAAAAAGCACAAGAAUCAGCUUUGGCCUAUGCUGUCCUAGAGGAGGAAAACUGGCUAAAGGAGUUGGCAAGAGAGCAAAGUUCUCAAGUUGAGGAAGACUUAGAAGAAAACAGUGAUUUAGCGAAUACUAACAGUUCAAUGGAAUCUGCAACUGCUGUUAUUACUGACUGGGAUUCUUUAGUUGCUGUGCAUGAAGCUGAAAUGAAGCAGAGUAGUAUGUUGUCCUGGGGGGAGUUGGUUGAAGCAGAAGAGGCCAGGACUCCUGGACAUGGCGUCCAUAUGCAUGAGAAACUUUCAUCACCUUCUAGAAAAAGAUCACCAACUGAAUCUAGGCGACGUCAUGAAGAAAAACAAGCUAAAGCACAAGAACUUAGGGGAAAACUCAUGCAAGAAAAAGCAGAGCGCCUCAGGGAUUUAUCAAAGAAGGUAGAAGAGGUGAGAGCUUAUAAAGAGGAGUUGAUGAGGCAGAGUAAGACACUGUUGGAACACAAAUUACAGCGAGCUGAAGAGAAACGUCAGUUACAACUCAAGCUUAAGGCACGGAAAGCACAUGAGGAGGAAGCAAAGGCAAACGAGAUAGCUUUUAUCAACAGCCUUGAAGCACAGAACAAGCGGCAUGACAUCAUGUCAAAACAUCAGGAAUCUGAGGCUCGGCUACAUGAGUUGAUGGAAGAACGCAUGCGCAAGCUUGAAGAGAAACAAGCUAAAGAAGCAGCAGUAGAAGAGAGAAGAAAAGCUCUGGAAGCAGACAGGAAAGCACGGCUGUUAGAAAUGCAAGAGAAAAGAAAACUUCGUGAUGCUAGGAUAGAACAGCAACAAAUUGAAAAGGAGAAGGAAAGGUUGGAAGCUGUUCGCGCAAGAGGAAAAGAAAGAGAGGAAAGAAUAGCAGCUCUAAAUGCAAUGCAGGAAGCCCAUAAGCAAGUUUUACAAAAGAAGAUCCAACAAAAGCAAGACGAAACUACUCAACGACAUGAAGAACAUUUGCAACAGAUCAGAGGUCGGGCGUUUGAAAUGAGUGUCAUGAGACACUCAACAGAAGACCAUAAUGAUGCACCUAAAUUAACACCUUAUGACAGAAACAAGCUUUGCUCCAUUUGUAAUGUACUGAUUCCAUCUGAAGUUUACCUGCUAAGUCACUUAAGAGGCAAAAAGCACCAGCAAGCUCUGAAAGAUAAUAGCGGUGGAAAAGAAAUGACUAAACAAGAUAUUGAAACCUUUAAUCUGAAACACAUUGUUGAUGCACCUGACAACAGCAAUCAUCCAAAGAUCGUUACAGAAAAAGAAAGACAAAAAGCGCUGAAAAAACGAUGUAAAAAACUGCGACAAAGAAUGGUUACCAGAGGCCUUGAGUAUGAAAACUCCUUAGCAACUAAACUCCAGUCUGCUGAGUCAGAACAUAAAGCCAAGCUACACAAGGUUAUCAAAGAUAUCAACAAAUACCUGCAAUCUCAAGACUCCGGACCUUGGCCUCAGAAUAAAGUUUCUGCAUUAGACAGAGCCUUAGGAGAGAUUGGACGCAUUUUGGAAAAAAAAUGUGUCAAUGAUCAAGCCUGCUUCAAAACCCUUGGUGGCUUUAGCUCUUUGAGUAGAAUUUUGAUGACGAUAGAAAAUGCAACUUCUGCUCUACCUUGUGUUAUACCCUCUAAAUCCCUGACACACUCAACAGAUGUCUACAGACUGGCUUGUAAAAACAACUUUGACAACUGCCAUUAUUUGUUGUUUAGCAACAAGAUAGGAGCUCUUGUGGACCAUCUUAUUUACAGAUUAAAUACAAUGUUACCAGACGACUUUGGGAGACCCAGCAGUGUAGUGAGUGGCAGUGGGGCCAGCAGCAGCUCUGAGAACAGCACCACCGACACAAACAGCCUGCCCUUUGACCCUGUCUGCUCAGGCCUCAUGCAAGUGCUGAGCACUGUUCUCUCAUGUCUGGCCAAGAACAACCCUGCCAGUAACUGCAGUGAGGCUAGCUCUGAGCGCAUGAGUGGAACUGGAGAUGCAUUUACUAAUCGAGGAAAUGAUAUAAUCAGCUACAUCAUCAGUGUAGGUGUGAUAGACAAACUACGGACCUACUGCAGUGCUGUGCGGGGUCCUAUCGAUGGUGACAAGAACUCGGCUGACUUCCUGCUGCACGGUUUAGGGCUGCUCGUUGCUAUGACCAAGUUUAUGUCCAAAAGAAACGCGAGCAUCUUUGACAAGAAGCGACCGGAAGACCCGACCCAGCUGAUCUACACGUUUGAAGUGACAGAGCUGGUUGGCAUCGUCUCUCUGCUCUACGGCAUGCUGCUCCACUCUGGGGCGCCCAGCCGCAGCAUUGACAGCCUCCCGCGAGAGUUGGCGCCCCAGACGGUCAGCAUCAUCCUAGCCGGACUGCGCAUGCUCAACUACAUGGCCGUGCUGGACCUACAGAUGCUACAGAGCACCCUGGGAGAAGAGGGCCUGUCUCUGGAGUUCCGUCACAUCGCCAGCUACCUCAUCUGGUACUGCUCUCACGUCACAGCGGAGGAGCUGCUCCAUGAGGUGGUACUCUGUGUGGGAUACUUCUCUGUCCUUCACCCUGACAAUCAGGUGAUCAUCCAGUCCGGGCAGCCCCCAACUGUCCUACAGCAACUGUGUGCCCUGCCCUUCCAGUACUUCAGUGACCCACGGCUUGUAGCAGUGCUGUUGCCCACCCUGAUCUGCUGUUGUUUCAACAACAACAGCAACCGUGACAUCCUGGAACAAGAACUCAGCUGUGCCUUGUUGGCCAACUUUAUAGAGGAGAGACAGCUGGAGCUCCACCAGUCCAAGUUGAUGCCGUCCUCCGUCAAGAAAAGUAAGAACCAAGAUAACAAGGAAAUCCGUGACAGUGAGAACAGGAUGGCCUUCACCUUGAGGUUCCCUUAUGACAUGUGGGAAGCUGGACAAUCCUAUUUUAACCUGGCGUCUUGACCUCUGGUUCCCAAAGAUUUGACUCUCUCCACUCAUGGCAUUAAAGAAGUGGCGCCAUCACCUGUGAGAAAUGUAAAUGACAGGAGAACCUAAUGAGUGAUACGUUUGUGUUGAGAGAGAGCUAGCAAGAGAGUUGAGAGAGCUAGCAAGAGUUGAGAGAGCUAUUGAGAGUUAAGAGCUAGGGAGAGUUGAGUGGGAUGUGGUUGCUGAUAGUAUUGCCAGUGGUUUGGCCAACAAGUUGUGAUAAUUGUCCAUAGCAUUGUGUGGGUGACUGUGGUGAAGCCACACACUGGUUUGUGGGGGUAAAGAUGGAUCUGAAGAUGUGUGUCAGUGUCGAACUCGUCUACCUUUCUUUGAUGAACUUGCAUGGCACACACAUCACAUGACUAAACAGGCCUAUUUACAUUUUUUAACAUUUUUCUUAGUGAGAUAUUAUUUGACCAGCACAAAUCAUUGAUGACAGGAAAUCCAACAUACUUUCACAAUGUCUUAUGCCUUAUAUUUGAAUUUUAUAUACUUGAAUUGGUUGCUUCAGUUUUGUAAAUAACAAUUUUCCUGAUCCAAUUUUUUAAAAUUAUGUGUUUAUAUUUUUGAGCUGCUAAGCUUAAAUAGAUAGAGAGAAAACGGUUUUGUAAUUUGUGGGACAAUGUGGUUGAAUGGUAGAGUGCAGCUUCUUACCAGUAAGUCAAGAGUUCGAUUCCUUCUGUUUACCUUGUUGUAAGAGAUACCUGUUGGAAUCAGGGGAAGUAAGGGCUACUAGGUGUCAUGCUGACCACAGUCCAUACCUAUUUCAUAGAAGUUAAUGAACUUUAGGUCAGAAAAGGGUACUUUACUCGUUUUAACAUGUGAUUGAGAUUGGGUUUUUUUUUCCAAUACAUUCUUUCUCAAAAUUAUUCCAACCUAGUAGUAUUUUGUUUUUAAUGAUGUUGAACUUAUUUUUUUAAAGAACGUUUGUAAAAAUGUGAUUAGAUCAAACUGGCCAUUACAUCAAAAGAUUUACUUACCGGUUAGUAAGUUUUAUAAAAUGUAGAGCUGUUAGAGCUCUUUGAUUUGUUUAGUAACUCUUUGAUAGAACAGCAGGGAUGCUACCUUAACUCUUAAGUAGAGUAGGGGCAGUAGUGUUGAUCUGUAACCAUCAGGCUCCAAUAGGUCUAUCCAUCUUUGAGUUUGAGCAACUCAAGUCGGCUAAUUAUGAGUGGGAACCUCAGCUAAUCAAGCUCUGAUCAUUAGAGUUUGGUUUCCUAGAACUCAGUCCCAGCAUUUCUGUGAUACCUAACUUGUGUCAUCUCACCUGUCUGUUGCCAACAUUCAAAAAUAUUCUUUUUUUAUCAUUUAUACUUCGUUUGAUCAAAAACUUUUAAAGAAACUAUUUUUUUAUUAUUAUUUAAUUUACACUUAGAAAAAAUGCACCGUUGUAUUCUUUUAUACAGGUUUGAAUUUAUUUAUUUUUAACUUUUUGAGGUACAGUAUCAUCAUCAACAGUACCAUUUCAUUUAUGUGUUUUUAAAAUAUUUGUAUUUUUGUUUAUGAUAAAAUCACAUAAUCAUUUACACAUCAUAUCUUAAUUUAUAAAUAAGGUGUUUAUAUUAUUUUCAUACAUUUUUUUUUUGCUUGCCUCUAAUGGAACAUCCACAGAUUAUGACUUACCGUGGUGUAGAAUUAUAUUACUUAGUAAUACAUAAGUAAGCAACAAAGUUACAUCAUAACUUAACCAUCUGCCACCAAAGUUGUUUAAGGUCACUCAUACACCUUAUAUACACCUGUACAAGGUCAUUUGAUGAGGACUAAAGAAUACCUACAGUAUUUCACCAAAGCCAUAUUAAUUUAGUUUGUUUUAUUUCAAAAGGUGGAAAGAUGAUUUUACUUUUCCAUAUGCACGUGUGUUGUGGUAACUGAAUGAUUUUUUUUUUAUAAAACAAUAAAGUGACUUUU